UCCUGUAGUGCGGUGCGAGUGUGUGUGAGGGAAACGACCGUGGUGCUGCAGAGAGCCAGAUAUUCAUUAUUUAGCUCGUCUGAGAGGGUGAACGAGUGACUGAGAUGAGAUUAUCUAAAUAAUAUACUAAUAUUUAUUUAGAAAAUAGCCCUAUUUGGCGCAGAAGCGAGAAGGUUUGAUACAGGUGCAGAAGGCUGGGGAGUCAUUAUUGGUAGAAAAUGUCCAUAAGCAGUGAGAAAACCACCAGCCGGGCCAUUCCGACCAGCAGGCGGGUUCCCAUCAGCGACGCGGCCCAUCUGCCUCAUGAUUACUCCAGUACACCCGGAGGAACCCUGUUCAGCACCACUCCUGGAGGCACCCGAAUAAUUUACGACCGAAAGUUCCUGCUGGACUGUCGCAGCUCCCCGCUGGCCCACACGCCCCCCACCUAUCUGCCCGACAUCCCCGGAGUGACCAGCCCCCCCACGAUCGGCGUUAACAACAACAAAACCCGCCCCAAAGAGACCAUCAGCAGCCCUCCUGUGGACAAGAGUACAGGAGAAGACGCUCAGUUUGAAAUGGACAUCUAGUGCCCACGAAGGUCCGCUGCUCCAGUCAGAGUGAAACACGUCAACAUUACUGUGAUUGUGACCGUCUGAGAGGACGAAUCCACCAGGUUUCUCCUCCGUCGUUCCACCUUUUCACUUUUUUUCUUCUUUGUCGCUGUAUUUUUCUUUUAUUUCUGUAUUAACGCUUUUAUAUCAGGCACACAAACCAGCACCAGCUCACACUGCCGUGCCCGAACAUGCCAGUAUCAUUAAACCACCUUCAGCCAUUUCUGCUCCAGAAUCCAGCUCGUGUGGGUUAAUGAAAGGCCGCUGGAAUCGAGCUGCAGCACCCAGAUCUUUCUAACCGACUGUGAAGCUUUCGGGAAACCAUUAGCACACCGAUCCCCCUCGCGACAGUGUUACCUGUUUGUAAUGAAAAUGUAAACGUUCUUUCUUUUGAAAUUUUCACCCAGAGUCUUUCAACUGAAUGUAAAAACUAUUUUUUUUAAUUAUUUUGGUUACACAGUGGUUCUCAUCAACCACAGGGGAUAAAAUCCCUGACUGUAAUUCAUGUGAGCGUAUGAAAAAUGUUGUGAACGAGCAAUUAAAAUGGUCUGAGAAUCCA